AUGUUUGAUGUGGAAUUCAGUUAUCUACCCACAGAGGUUAAAGUUGAUUGUCCUCCUGUUGUUGUGACAAAUGAUAGAGGUAUGAAAAAUUUUCUUGCAUAUCUGAAAAAGAUAAACAUGAUUCGGUUGUGUGUUACUUUCAAAAGAGUAGUUGAUGAAGGUGAUAGGAGUAAAGUCCAGUUCGAUCUGAAUAAGUUCCCAGUUGAUAGUAGCGAUGGUUGUAAUGUGGAAGUUGAUGUGGGAAAAUCAGUAGGUGUUAUUUCAAGGAAUUCACCAAAGCCGACUAAUGAUGUAUUAGAAAAGCAUACUGAUGCUAAUCUUGUUGAUGCUGCUGGUUUUAAGUUGGAAGAUUCAAUGGUAAAAAAGGGUGAAUAUUUCAGCAGUAAGGAAGCUUUACAGGCUACUAUGGAAAUGUAUGCAAUGAAAUAUAACUGCGACUACAGGAUUACAAAAUCUGAUAAGAGAUGGUGGUGUAUACGCUGCAUUGAUAGUGUUUGUAAUUGGCGUCUCCGGGCUGAGUGUUUACAAGCGUCUACAUAUUUCAAAAUCAACAAGUUUGUGGGUAACCAUACAUGUGCCCCUUCAAAAAAAAACUCAUUUUGUAGGACUCCAUCUGCAAGAACAAUUGGACAUCUCAUUAAGCAAAGCUAUGAGGGUGUGAAGGAAGGUCCUAAACCGAAUGAUAUAGUUAAUAUUAUUCGUUCAAGGUACGGCUGCGAGCUAACAUAUCACCAAGCUUGGGAGUCUCGGGAGUAUGCAGUUAACGAAGUUAGAGGAAUUCCUGAGAAAAGUUAUGCUAAGAUUCCAAAAUACUUGCACAUGCUACAAGAAGCGAAUCCUGGUACGUUCACGAAUUAUGAAAUUGACUUUGAUGGAAGAUUUAAAUAUCUAUUUAUUUCUUUUGGUCAAUCAACAAGAGGGUUCUACAAGUCAAUGCGGAAAGUGAUAGUAGUUGAUGGUACAUUUUUGAAGAAUAAAUACAAAGGGGUUCUCCUAGUUGCUACAGCUGUAGAUGGUAACUCCAAUUUGUAUCCAAUCGCAUUUGGAAUUGCUGAUUCUGAGAAUGAUUAUAGACAUACAUCGAUUGCUAAAUCAAUUGGAAACAUCUAUCCAUUGGCUAAACAUGGUAUUUGCAUCCACCACUUGCUUAGCAAUGUGAUAACAUAUCAUAAGGGAAGAGGUGUCGCUGAGGAAGCUGAUGUGACAAAAUGGGCUCGCUGUCAUUUUCCGGGUUAUAGGUAUGAUAUUAACACCAACAAUGCAGCUGAAUCAAUUAAUGCUGCUUUGAGGACACCCAGAGAGUAUCCAAUAAUUCCUUUGUUAGACAGCAUCAGAGAAAUGAUGACACGCUGGUUUUAUGAGAGUAGAGAGUUAAGUGCAAAGCAUAAAGAUCCUUUAACUGUUGAGGUGGAGAAAAAGAUUUCAAGAAGAAUAGAGAAAGGUAAAUUCAUGAACGGUUAUUUGAUGAGCAGAUCGCAGAUCCAGGUUAAAGGUAAUGGAGUAGACUACAUUGUUGACUUAGAAAGAAGGACUUGUUCAUGUGGAAAGUUCAGCAUCCAAAAACUCCCUUGUAGACAUGCUAUAAAAGGAGCUUUUGAUAUAGGCAAGGAUCUAUAUCCUUAUGCUGAUGAUGUGUAUACCACUACUGCAUGGAGAUCGCAAUAUGAGGAAACUGUUAAUCCAAUAGGUGUUCCUGAAGAAGAAUGGCGAGUCCCACAGUAUGUUGAAGAUGCAAAAGGUCAAAGAGACAUAAGUGUGCGCGGUGUGGCAAAGAAGGGCAUAACAGAACGACUUGUGAUAUCGUGA